AUGGAGGCCACAUGGGGCAACCAUAAAGUCUCCAAGCUCCUCGCCAGCUCAUUCUUCCUCCUGGGCUUUGGCAGCAACGACCUCUUCCAGAGCAGACCAAAGUCCGAAGCCGAUGUUGCCGUACUCUAUGCGACCCUCGUCUCGAACUACUCCGCCGCCAUCACUGACCUGUAUGGGAUGGGCGCGAGAAAAUUCGGGAUCAUCAGCCCUGGCCCGGUGGGGUGUGUGCCGCGGGUGCGCCUGUUGAACGCGACGGGCGCCUGCAACGAUGGCAUGAACCGCCUCACUAUGGGGCUCGCCGCGGCGUUCAAGUCUGGCCUCGCUACAACCCUCAGCCCAACGAGGCUCCCAGGCCUCACGUACUCACUCGCCGACUCCUUCGCCGGCACGCGGGCCAACUUCGACAACCCACAAGCGGUUGGGUUCGUGAACGCCGAUAGCGCGUGCUGCGGGAGUGGUAGGCUGGGCGCGGAGGGUGAGUGCACGAGGAACGCGACACUGUGCAGUGACCGCGAUGUGUAUGCAUUCUUUGACAACGUGCACCCGAGCCAGCGGGCCGCCGAGCUGGGUGCGCAGGCUCUCUUUGUGGACAGCCCGAUUCAGAUCACCGCCCCCAUCAGCUUCAAGGAGCUAGCCCACGAGAGAUGA